UGACAGCAGCUCGGGGCGUGUUUAUUCUGUACUUCCUGGUUGAAGUCGUCACACUUUACCCGCGAUUUGUUUGGCGGGAUUCGUUUUAGAAAUAUACUCAUCCUCAUCACCGUGAAUUUUGGGGAAACGGCACUAUGCAGUUUUCUAGCAGAAGGAGAAAGACCAACUACAACAGCGCUCUCGAAGAACUAUAUGGACACCCACUACAAUUCUAUGGACAACCUCCUAUUGAAAACAUUUCCCUCACAGAAUUUGAGACAUUUGCUGUGGAAAGACUGAAAUUGCUGAAGACCAUUGAAAAUUUGGGAGUCAGCUAUGUCAAACUGUCUGACCAAUACGCCAAGAAACUGGAGAGUGAGUUUAAAAACCUAAAUUUUCCAUACAGAGUGGAAGUGGAUGACCGAAAAACUCAGAGUCUAAGUGAACAUGAGAAACGGCGAAAGGACCACAUUUCCCACUUCAUCCUGCGGCUUGCCUACUGCCAAACGGAGGAUUUGAGACGUUGGUUUAUACAACAAGAAGUCGACCUAUUUCGAUUCCGAUUUAAUGAACUGGAUGCUCAGCAAAUACUUGAGUUUCUCCACAGAAAUAAUCUGCAGUAUGACACG